CUUUGCUUUCGUUUCCACACAGUACAUUGCUCCCUUCCCACUCACACAAACCAAAAACCAAAAACUCUUCUUCUUCUGAUGAAAGAUGAUUGGCAUUGGAAGAACCCUAACUUCUUCUUCUCCAUCUAAGAUCAUUCUCGAAGAUCUUCCUCCUGGAAUUUAUCGCUAUGGAACAGAGAUAUUCACUUCCGUUCCCAGGAAAACGUUCCAUCACAUCAAGUUUUUGCGUUUGGAUUCUGCUCAGAGCAGCAGGAUUCUUAAGCCGGUCCCGCUUCGUUCUUCGUCGAUUAAGGAUUCGCAGGUAAACGUAGAAGAUGAAGAAAUCGAAGCUUCUAACAAAACAGUUCGUGUAAGGUUCCAGUUGCGGAAAGAAUGUGUCUUUGGGGAACAUUUUUUCAUUGUUGGUGAUGAUCCUGUGUUCGGUGGCCUUUGGGAUCCAGAAACUGCCUUACCACUGAACUGGUCUGAUGGCAAUGUUUGGACUGUAGAUUUGGAUUUGCCUGUUGGAAGAUUGGUUGAAUUUAAGCUUUUAUUGAAGGCACAGACAGGGGAGAUUUUGUGGCAACCAGGUCCAAACCGGGCUCUUGAAACCUGGGAAACUAACAAAACUAUCAGAAUAUGUGAAGACUGGGAUAAUGCUGAUCUUCAAAUGAUGAUUGAGGAAGAUUUUGUGCCUUACACCAAUAUUUCGUCGAUCGGUUCAGAAGAUGAGGAUGAAGUGCUUGGUAGUGUACAACAAAACUCUUCAGUAGUAGCUGUAGAGAAUGCAGGAUACGUGAGUGAUGAGUCUGCCCAGAAUUCGAGUUUCAGUAUCCAAAGUGAGAAAACUAUGGAACCUUCGAAUGGAGCUUUGACUGCUCGGGAGGUGAUCAAAGAAGCCAUGUUUACUGAGGAAGAAAGUCCAGUUUUGGUUCCUGGAUUGAUUCCUCUGUCUGACUUGGAUAAUGAACAAGUGGAAGUUAUUAAUGAAGGUAAAGCAGAAACGUUCCCGGAGGUAAUAACCUGAUCAGUUUUGAAGUUUUAUGUUCCUGUUUUUCUAUAAAAACCUUAAGAGCUGUUGUUAUGCACACUGCUGCUGAUGGUAAUGAAAUCUUUGCAUGUGGAUUAUUGAUGCUUUAAGACAUCAUGUUUGUGUGUAGAAUAAGACUAUGCUUGUCCACUGGUUCAAUGUAUAUUGUUACCCCAGUUCAUGAUAAAAGUUUCCUUCACUAUAUUGACUAUUCUUGUCCACUGGUACAAUGCAUAUCUAACUGUUAAAUUAUUUUCCAGCAAUGUGAUUUUCGGCUGCAAAUGCCCUUCUUGUGCUAUUUGCAGGUAGAUAAGAAGCAAGAACCCAAAGCAGAAAGAAACAAGAAAGCAAAAGUAAAAGCGAUUUCAUUAUUCGAGAAAUCGGAGCAAGAAGCAGUGAAAAGUGUAGAGCAGAGGCAAUACAAUGCAGUAGAGGAAGAGCAGCAGCGGCUAGAGACAGAGCCGCUUGGAACGCCGGAUGUGCUUUUUGAGAAUGAUAUCCAAUGGGGACGCAGAACACUUUACAAGCUUCUAAGCAACUUUAGACUUUUCUAAACUCGACUAAGUUUUGAGUGCAUACAUACAUCGGCAAAAGAGCCUCAAGAGUCAAGAAGAUGUUUCCGACAGAUAGUCAAAAACUGCUCUUAAAAGGUAGGCUACCUUCUUCUUCUAUGCUCAUCUUUACGUUUUGUAUCUAUGAGAACUGGGAGUAGAUUGAAACCAAUGUUGUGUUGUCUUUGUAUAUAUGUAAUGAUCAAAUGGUUUUGGUAAAGAGAAAGAUGAAGAAAGAAUGGACUGUUAGUGUUAGCUGUUAAGUACAUAGGACAGUAUGUAGCAUCUGGAUCCUAUUCUCCCAUAUAAUUGUAUUGUUGCUACAUAAUAAUGAUGAUGAUGAUGAUGAUUAUCUUAUGAUUG